AAACGAUCUGUGGCUCAAGUCAGCGAACGAAGACAGUGUGGAAGAGGAAAAUACCACGUAGUCGGGUACUUUUGACUUAGUCGGCAAUUAAAACCAACACUAUUCUCGAGUAUACUCGCGUUGAGUGAACAACGUUGAUGCAAUCAACGGAUUGGAUUAAGCUAACCUUCAUAAAUUGUCGUCGGAUUUUCUUUAUUUCAUUAUACUUGUAUACAUGAACCAAUACACUUUUAAUAUACCUUUGGAUGUGGUUCGGAUUGACUGCCAAAUACACGGCAUUCCGUUGCGAGUGAACCCAUUGAAUUGAAUAUUUAAGUUUUUAUAUUGAAUUGAAAUGAAAGUAGGAGCGAUGGGUUUAUAAUUACAAAUUUACAUAUUUUCCCUUGUAAAAUAAAAGUUAAAAUGAAAACGUAUAUCUUAUGGUGAAGUCACUGAGAAAUGUUAAAAACCUGGAAAAUAACAGGGCUAACUAGCAUUUAGCGUGUACAAUUAUUCGAUUUUAUAGUGCGGCUUAAUCAAACGAGUGUUCGAACGAGGAAAUUCUUUAACGACGCCAUAUUUAUUUUGCUACAACAAAAAGCAAAUAAGAAAACACACCUAAAUAUAAUAUAUUAUUAUAAAAGACUUGCGAAUGUGCGGAAUAUACAGAUACACACAUAUGUUAUAUAUACAUACAUAGUAUGUAUUGCAUCUACAUACUACUUUCAUAUACAAUAUAAAUAUUUUCGAGGCUUUUAACAAUAAUAGUGGUGAACAUGUCUAGUGAUUCUCAGUCGACAAACUUAAAUAGUUGAAAUACCUGAACUACAUCCUCACCUAUGUAUAUAUGUAAAUGUAGGUAUACAUGUGCAUACAAAUAUACUUUGGAAUUCAAGUGUCAAAAGCAGCAAGCUUCUCAACAAAUGAUAAAUAUAAAUACAUACGUAUAUUAUAUGAUCAUAUGUAUAUAUACAUAUAUACAUAUACAUAUGUACAAUGUGUCUUUUUGUUAUAAUCUUUGAAAAAGUGCAGAGUUAACUAUUGAGAUCCACACUGAAAUGCCUGAGAGUAGUGUAGGAAUUAUGUGUGUUGAAGAAAUAGUUACGAAUAAGUACGAAAAUUAACAGUUUUGCACGUUCAAAGUAUAUUCACAAGGUGUACAUAUGUAACUCUUACACAUACAUGCACAUUUAUCUAUGUAUGUAAGAGUGUUUAAAAAUCUCUAUGUGUGUAAACGUAACGAAGAAUUAAAAAAGAAUAUCUUGAAUACCCACUCCGCUUCUCAAGUGCUCGGCGAGUACAGAAGCAGGCCAACACAUAAGCAAAAAUAUAUUUCUCCCUGAAAAAAAAAAUACGAAUACGAAUAACGUGAUAAAAAUAUGACAAAAAAUAAAUUUGUGGCAAAUGAUAAAAUAAAAUAACUGAAAUCAAGAACAACUUAGAAACCCAUCAAAACCAGAAAUACAACUUUGUUAACGCCUGCGGUUGACAAAACUUAAGUAUAUUGAAUUCGCUUUGUGUUCACUUGAGUGUGUAUUUUCAUUAGUGUCUAAACAUUUUGCUCACACUAAUCUCUCUGUCUUAUAUGAGUUGGCAUAAGUGUUUUCCUUGUGUUAGUGUAGAAUACCUGUGACUUUUGGUCAAGUGCUACGCAAAAUUGAAUCUUAAACUGUGAAAAAUUUCCGAGUAUUUCACGUAAAAAAAAAUUAUAAAUACUUGAUUACUUAACCAUUUACUGUUAUCAUAUACAUACAACGUUUCGUGUAAUUAAAUAUGGGUGAUUCGACUCCAAUUUGUCGCUGCCGAGUGCUUUAUUUAGGUAGUGCUGUGCCACGCCAAAGCAAAGAUGGCUUACAAGGCAUUCAGGAGCCUUUACGAAGCUUGUAUCCAUCGGAGGGUGCAGUCGGAGCAAAAGGAAUCGAUUCGUGGUUAAGCGUUUGGUCGAAUGGAAUUCUACUUGAGAACGUUGAUGAAAACUUAAAACAAAUUACUCGAUUUUUUCCCAUUGAAUCUUUGCAUUAUUGCGCUGCAGUUCGUCAAGUUUUAAUCCCCGAGAGGGGAAAUUCAAAGCCAGAACCAAAAUUUUUACCUUUAGACUCGCCCUUCGCUCGAAUGCCCCGUGCUCAGCAUCCUCCAAUAUUCGCGGCUAUACUCCGACGUACAACUGGCAUUAAAGUUCUGGAGUGUCACGUAUUCAUUUGUAAGCGGGAGGCUGCUGCAAAUGCUCUAGUCAGAUGUUGUUUUCACGCAUAUGCGGAUAAUUCGUAUGCUCGCCAACUAGAGACAGGUAGUUCGGGUGGCGGUGCUGGAAGUAGUGUGUACGGCACAUUAAAGAGUGGUAUUGUUAGUAAAUCUAAUGGAGAUCUAACUAACAUUGGUAUUACGAACGGCAGUCACCACAACCAUCAGCAUCAUAUGGGUGCACCCUCCAGCCAAGCUGGUUGGCGUUCACGAGCAGGAAGUACCACCACAUUGAAUAGUGUUGGACGUCAAUCUAAUGGUCACAUCUUUAAUGGAACUAGCGGCAUAAGUUUAAAUGGUGGAGGAAGCAAUGGUAGUGCCGCUGAAGGAUACACAUCUGUUAAGAACUUCUAUGGAAGCAGUGCUGAUUUAAAUGUAAUUGUUGAUGAUGGUGAGAAUUCAAUAUACAAUGGAGAUGAGAAUCACAAAGUCUGGAAUGGUUCCCAAGACCAACUUGACGCUAUAGCAAUGGAAAGUCCAUAUGAGGUGUUUUCUACCAAUACUUCUACAUUAGGGCGGCCUGCGAGAGCUCGUCAAAUUAGUACGCCCAUUGACGUUCCACCCCCUCCCCUGAAGGUGGAAACAAACAAAAAACGCAAAGACAAAAAGUCGAUAAAACCGCCUGGCAGCCAAAGUCUAUCUGGCACACUUAUACGUCCGAAGCCCAUACAUCCAGGCACAUUGCAACGACCCGGCUUAUAUGCUGGAGCGCCGGGUAGUGUAGUUUAUGGCAACGUGGCUGCGUCAGGAGCUUACCCGCCCGCACAUGGCUCACGAAACUAUCACACAAUUAGUCAUCGAGGAUUUCAUGGAGGUCCACCCGGCCCAACUGGUCCGCAUAGUUUCCAUCAUCCCGGCAUGCCACCACCACCACUUCCUCAAAUGAUGCACCCAUCACAAAUCGGCGUGCCAUUGCAAAUGCCUGUAAUGAUGUCACAACAAUAUGCCACACUUCAAUCCACGCGUUCCACAAAGAAAAAGAAGAAAGAUAAAAAGAGCAGCGGCAUACCAGUUGGAUUACCUAUGGUACCACCUAUUUACGCCUUCCAUCAGAGUAUGGGCGCACCACCUCCACCACCGCAACCUGCUCUUACGCAAUCUCUAAUUGGUGAAUCUCGGCCGCUAGCUAUGAGUAAUAGAAAACUUGCUGCAUCUGUGGGUAACGGACUCGACGACGCACACAAUUCAGGUGCGGAAUCACCGGGUGGGACCGGCAUCUAUCGACGAAAGGGUCAUUUAAAUGAAAGAGCUUUCAGUUAUUCCAUUCGCCAGGAACACAGAAGUCGUAGUCAUGGUUCCUUAGCUAGUCUACAAUUUAAUCCACCUGAUAUGAAGAAAGAACGAGAAAUUGCUCAAAUGGUAGCAGGGCUUGAUUUAAACGAUAGUCAUGAAAGGGAAAUGCCGCCAACGACGCUGCAGCUAAAACAAAUGAUGGCAUCAAAUGGUAAUGCCGCAAAUAUACAACAGCAGGCAAUUUAUGGAAAUGGUGGUUCGAAUGCCAUAUAUGGUAACAAAAUGGGUUCAGCGGGAGGUUUUGGGAAACCGCGAAGAUAAGCUAAGGCAUUUCAUUACAUUUCAACAUGUGGAGCAUAAGCUUAUUAUAUGUAAAAAAUGAGAAACAUAUUUGCUAUUUUUAUUUGUAUGAAACAAAUGGUAUAAUCAUAUAAUAGUAUGUACGUUUGUAAAUAUUUUAUGUCUGUAUGUAUGUGUAUAAGUUUUGAUAAACUUGCUGUAUUAGGGAUAAAAUGCUUAAAAACUCGAUAGAAGCUCGUCAAAAAAUUAUAAAGCGCGACUUUAGAUUAUUUUGCAACCUUUUUCAUCCUAAACUCUCUACCAUGGCUUAGUUGCAGUCUAUUCGUGUCAUAUCAUUUCAGAGAAAGGUAAAACCAAAGAAAUAUAAAAAUGCAAAAUAAUGAGCGCAUCCUUCUUUUAGCGAAUGCAAGCAAACACAUUACUUUUUACAUUGUUAUACUCAUAAUAGUUGUGGUUAGCAGCUUACAUUACCAUGCGGAGGGUUCGAGCCCUGGUCUGAUCAAUAUUCAAAAUUAUAAAAAUUUGAUUUAAAAGCUUAAUUUUUUUAAUGGCGGUCGCCUUUUGGCAGGGAACGCCAACCACUCCGAACGUGUUUCUGAACUGAAACCUGAAACCAAAGUUCCGCCUUAAAAUCCAUCAACUGUUCGGAGGCGGAAAAGCGCCAA